AUAAAGCGAGCGGCGGAGAGGAGAGAGCGCAGGGACUGGCACUCAGCUGAAGACUCGGAGGAUGACAGAUGGUCGAUGGUAGACUGCAGACACGACCACUCACUGACAGUUUUGCAGCCAUGACGUGCAUACACGCCCAGUGCGGCCCUCCGUUCUACGAGAGCAGCAUGAACAGCCCGGAGCUCCAGAGCUCAGACUUCUUCUCCAGGCUGACUGCGGACCCCAGCAGCAGCCCGCGGGACCACCUCUCUGCACCGUCCCUGCCGAGCAUCGGCUCCCUGGUGGGCACACCCGCGGGAGACUUUGAAGCGUACUCGUGCCAGUUCACUACAGCCCCAGCUCAUGUGACCCCCGCCUCGGGCCAGAAGAGCCCCUACCCGCUGGAUGAACCCCAGGUUUACGGCUGUUACACGGGACCGUUUAUGCUGAGCUAUCUGGACGAGGCCAGUGGGUCGGACUAUUUUGGCAGCCCAGCUUCGGUCUCAUCGCCUUCGACGCCCGGUUACCAGACUCAGCACGUGUCUAACUGGGAUUCAGCCUACGGGUCGUACUCAACCAGUCCUGGGUUCUGGAUGCCCGAGGACACCUCUGUACGGCACGCACCGUCUUUUUUCACGUUCGAGUCAGGAUGUGUGGAGGACGUGCCUCAUUUGGGUCAACCGCUUUUGCGAGAGCAGGAAUGUUUUGCUGUGGCCCAUCCUCACGCCUUGACCUUCCCCUCCACUGCGAUGGAGCAGGCACAUGGUGGUCUUGAUGGCCCCAAACAGCUGGAUGGAAGCUCAUCGCCCAAGUUAAAGAGUGGAAGUGAGGGCAGCUGUGCUGUGUGUGGAGACCACGCCUCCUGUCAGCACUAUGGGGUUCGCACCUGUGAGGGCUGCAAAGGCUUUUUCAAGCGCACUGUCCAGAAAAAUUCCAAAUAUGUCUGCCUCGCCAACAAAGACUGUCCUGUGGACAAGAAGAGGCGAAACCGGUGCCAGUUCUGCCGCUUCCAGAAGUGUCUGACAGUGGGGAUGGUCAAAGAAGUUGUCAGAACAGACAGUCUGAAAGGACGAAGGGGUCGUCUGCCUUCGAAGCCUAAAGUUGUCCGAGACGUGACAACCGCUGCGUCUCCGAUGAGCCUGAUCUCUUCUCUUCUGAGGGCCCACGUUGAGUCCAAUCCCUGCGACAUGUCUCUGGAUUAUUCUAAGUAUUUUGAAAAAGAGGUCAGCUUAAACCWGAAGGAGGCUGUUGGCGACAUCAGACAGUUUUACGACCUCCUCACGGCCUCCUUUGAGGUCAUCAGGAAGUGGKCGAAGGAUGUCCCGGGUUUCUCCGAUUUCUGCUCAGCGGAUCAGGAACUCCUGCUGGAAUCUGCAUUAGUUGAACUCUUCAUCCUGCGUCUUGCAUACCGGUCUGAUCCUGAAGUGAAGAAGCUCAUCUUCUGCGACGGCACCGUACUCCACAGAACUCAAUGCGUCCGAGGUUUCGGGGACUGGAUCGACUCUAUCUUGGAGUUUUCUCGAAGUCUUCACCGWAUGAAGCUGAGCGACUCCUCCUUCGUCUGUCUCACGGCUCUGGUCACGAUCACUGACAGACAUGGUCUUAAGGAGCCGAGACGUGUGGAGGACUUGCAGAGCCAGCUCAUCACCUGCCUUAAAGACCAGGUUUCCGGCUGUGGCUCCGAGUUCCUGCAGCCCAACUACCUGUCCAGACUUCUGGGGAAGCUGCCCGAGCUCAGGACUCUGUGCACRCAAGGCCUGCAGCGCCUUUUUUACCUGAAACUGGAGAACCUCGUWCCGCAGCCCCCGAUCGUGGAGAAAAUCUUAAUGGACACGCUACCGUUUUGAAGGCGGACGGUGCAACGUGGAGCAUCUGUGAAACGGAAAUCUGGAGCUUCUUUGGGAGCCAAAAGGAAAAAGACUUGGUGCUCGUGCUCCAGAUGAACAAAGCGAAACUGCAAAGUUGUGAAGAUGUACUUCUGAGUUAGAAGGUUUGCUAUAGAUAGAGUAUCUGGAUGCAGUAAACAAUUCUCAUCUUAGCUGACUUUCUGGAAAACUGUAGUCUGGAGUUAGAAAGGCCCGGGAAGGACCACACUGAUUCAACACGCCGUGAAUAGAACCACUGAUGGAGGGAAAAUGACUCCUGCUACUAAUGAUUUGACCACAAACAAUAUCUGAACCUUUUUUGUAUAAAUGCAUAACACAAGUACACACCUGGUAUUUACAGGAACUGGGCUGUGUUAUGAAGCGACUUGUUACCCUGUACUAAGUGCCACAUACAUACCAAGCAAAUUCUACGUAAUUACCAGGCUCUAUUAUGUGUUGCUACCCUGGUUUUUCACCUGAAACAGUAUAAAACAUUUAUUUUUAUGUGAUUAUGUGAAGCUCAAGUAUCAAAAAUAUGKCAGUUCCUAGAUUAAAUUAUGUUGAACUCAGUAAAUCAUUUGACAGAACCAAACUGCAGCCUUUCCCCUCAUCAACACGAGGUACAAGUCACUCAAAAGUCAYUCACACUGUAUCGUUUUUGCCACCAUCACAGCUUGGUGAUAAGUAGGUUAAACCUACAGUUAUUCAGUGGUAUCGUUCAUGUAUCAUGAAUCAGCAUUGAGCAGCUAAUAUACUGUGUAUUAUCCAGUACAGUCUUACACACUGGUCUUGUUUGUAAAUGAUGAUAAAUCUGUAUUAAAACCUGAAGGUGCUUUGACACGUGAACUGCAUCCCACAGUGUAGGGACAUUUUGUUGUGUGCUUGUUAUUUUUACAUACUGUGAUGAAUCUUUAUCGCCAAAAUUGAAAUAAAUUUUUUAAAAACGCACAUUUUAAAA